UUUCUUACCGCUGUCAUUUGACGAACUUUUAUUAUCCAUUGUAUCAAAUUUGUUUUUUAGGUGAUAUUUAAACUGUUUAAUUAAUUUACAGUUAAAAGGUAUGGCGGAUACGACAGUGGAUGCUACACGUCGUUUAAAUGUUAAAAAACAGACUCUGGAUGACGCUUAUGCAGCGCCUGCAAAUUUUCUCGAAAUUGAUGUGAUUAAUCCAAUCACACACGGCGUCGGCAAAAAACGAUACACUGAUUAUGAAGUUCGCAUGAGGACAAAUCUUCCAGUUUUUAAAGUAAAAGAUUCCACAGUAAGAAGAAGAUAUAGUGAUUUUGAAUGGUUAAGAACUGAAUUAGAAAGAGAUAGCAAGAUAGUAGUGCCUCCAUUACCAGGAAAGGCUUGGAAACGUCAAAUGCCAUUUCGAGGAGAUGAUGGUAUUUUUGAAGAAGAUUUUAUUGAAGAUCGAAGAAAAGGUUUAGAAGCUUUUGUUAAUAAAAUAGCAGGACAUCCAUUAGCACAAAAUGAACGAUGUUUACAUAUGUUUCUACAAGAACCUGUAAUAGACAAGAAUUACGUACCUGGAAAAAUACGUAAUACAUAAGUUACAAUAAUUCUUA